UCCACCUAGGAGAUUUUCUUUCCAGCUGUUACUUCGCCUGCCAAACGCGUCCAUGGCUCGUCACCGCGACACCGUCGCCGAUAGCGGCGGCGGUGCACUCCGCCUUGUUUCGCCAGAGCUCACAGCUUCGGUCACAGCGAAGCUGAGCGAGGUUGAGUCGUUCGUUUCGCGCGUGAAGUCGCAGCCGAAUCCGCCCGUGGCAAUUCGAGACCUUGCUUUCGACAUGGACAGGAAACUCCACGUAAACGAAAUUUUGGUUCCGCUCGCUUGUAUUCUCCUUCCUGGUUACGCUAUUCUGGUAGUAGUAGCAGAAAUUCAGCUACAUGAAGCAGCAGUCCUCCUUAUGAUAAUAAUCGUGUUUCGAGACAUCUCAAAACACGAUUAUUAUCACAGGCAGUAACAGAGGUAGUCCUCCCUUUUCUGGUUUUCGCUUGUCGAUCGACUUUCCUCCGCUGGUUUCCCUUCGAAUGUCCUUAUAUGGAACGCCCGGCGUUUUAUUUGCUCCGUAUGACAUGACAUCAUUAUUGCAUGGCAUUUCGUGGCACGGCAUAGGAUUGGAUGGCAUGGGAUGGCAUGGGAUGGCAUGGUGUGAUAUUCUGUUCUGGUUAGUCUUUGAAAGAGGACCUCGGAGUGUACUCCAGCAGUGGUCUGGAGCCUAUGGACCUCUACAAGCGACCCACCUUCAAACGCGGACGAGAUGCAAUCAGCUCUCUCACCGCCCUUCACACCAUUGCAGCUAGCUUGCUUCCUACCACCACCUCUCUUCUUCCUCCGGGCGAUAGAUCGGCAGUAAGAGCAGUGCCAACCGUAGUGACAGGCCAAUGGGCAGCAGGUGCCGCCGAGACAGCAGGGGUGUCAAGAGCGGUGGUGAACGCACAGACUGUGGAUGUGCUGCUGGCGUGCCUGCAGAGCACUGCGUUUGAGGCCAACACGCAUGCCCACUUCACGGUGCUGUGCCUGCUCCUCUCCUCGGUGCACACACUGCUCUGUUUCAUAGACGACUGGGCGCUCAAGGGGCGGCGCCAAGCGCAGCUAUCACAGGAGUUUCUUCCACAAGGAGACAAGCACGAACCAUCACCGAUUCUCGCCAGCCCCAUGCCACCGCUUAGCACCCCCGCCACUACUGCCAUGAGUACCACCGUGGGUUGGGCCGGCACACCUACCACUACCCCUCCCACCCGUCUCCACUCUCGCUGGCCGGAGUUUCUUGCCCCGGUAUUGGGAGAUAUAGAGGCAGCAGAACAAGGCGUGCAAUUCUUGAGGCGGAUGCAGUCGAGGGAGAGGAGGGUAGGAAAGAAGGGGGGCGAGAGGAAGGAGGGGAAGGGGAGGGGAGCGGGGAAGAGUGGUGGGGAUGGUGUGCAGGCAGUUUGCGAGAAGGGCAAGGGUGUGUCGACGUGCCUUGACUCGCCAGCAGCCACUAGGCUCAUCUCAGUGCAGGUGUACUGCGCACUCUACAAAUGGCUGCAGCAGGCCCCUGCUGAACAUUUAUUGCCAUCAUCAUUGCCCUCAUCACCCUCUUCGGCAUCCCUAGCAUCACCAUUAUCACCAUCACCAUCGUCUGUGUCACCGCCAUCAGCAUCAGCGUCAGCAUCCGGCAUAGAUCGGGUGGAAGAGGCAAUGCCAUGCGACAGCGUGGAUGACAGUGCAGCAACAAGGGAAUAUGGGUCAUGGGUAUGCGAGACAACAGGAUUCGAGACAACGGGAUUCGAGGCUUCAUAUUGGUUGUGGAGGGAUUGUGUGGACGACACACCGGAUUGGCUGGAGCUGCUGGAGGAGCAGGUGCGACUGGGCCGAGUGACAGAGGAGGCGGGUCAGCAGGGGAAGGAGGAGUCGCAGGAGGAGGAGGAAUGGGCGGAACAGGAGGCGCCACUAACAGCACAGGAGGCACAUAUGCGGCUGAUGCACUGCCUCGAGUGCGCAUGUGACAGGGCUCAAGACAAGGAGGAGGAGGAUGAUCCGGACACUGCUGCUGCUGCUGCUGGCUGUGCUGCUCUGAGGUUGAGGGUUCUGGACGACCCCACUCGCCAGCUGCAGCGGUGGAUCCAGCCGCCCAUUCAACGCUGGUCGUAAGCUAGAGUGCAAAUAACCAGUGUGGUUUCGUAGUGGGUUUCAGAGUGGGUUUCAGUGCAAAAAUGCGAUUAAAUGCGAUGCGAUGCGAUUUUUUUUGCCCAUGUCUAAUUCCGCAGUGGGUGAGGCAUUCCGCAGUGAGUGAGGCAUUCCGCACCGGGUGAGGCAUUCCGCAGUGGGUGAGGCAUUCCGCAGUGGGUGAGGCAUUCCGCAGUGGGUGAGGCAUUCCGCAGUGGGUGAGGCAUUCCGCACCGGGUGAGGCAUUCCGCAGUGGGUGAAGCAUUCCGCACUGGGUGAGGCAUUCAGCACCGGGUGAGGCAUUCCGCACCGGGUGAGGCAUUCAGCACCAGGUGAGGCACUCCGCAGUGGGUGAGGCAUUCCGCAGUGGGUGAGGCAUUCCGCAGUGGGUGAGGCAUUUCGCACUGGGUGAGGCAUUCAACGCUGGGUGAGGCAUUCUGUCACAAUACAUUAUAUUGAUCAUGCUAGCCUAGUAUGCAGCUAUGUGCACACCAAACUGUGGUGUACACGUUAUUUGCGUGGGGUGUUAAUUCAA